UAUAUUUUGCAGUCAAUCAAGAUCAUAUAUUAUAACGUAACCACGAUGAGAUUUAAUUACAAAAACUCUUUGAAUACUUUCGUUGUAAUAUUCCUCUGCGCCCUUGCGUGCCCGUUACACGUGGACGGCCAUAGGGGAUAUUCCACUCACCAAGCGCCCUGGUUCCUCACACGCCAUCUUAGCGGUGCCAGACGCAGUGGUCAGUGUAAUGUCCAGCUGCCUGACCCCGGGGUGUACCGACGCAUCUUCUUAUUCGCUAUGGACGGAAUAUGGACAUCGAUAGAAAGGAACGCCAGCAGGUUUCUCCGGCAUCAUCGUUGUGCAGGCAGAAAAGACAAUCAGAGUGUGAUAGACUUUGGCCGAGGCGCAGUACAGUAUUUCAGUGACUACUUUGGAAUAGAUGUGUCCAGCGUAACGGACUCUGAUAUAAUCGAUGGAAAUGUUUCAAUAGCGGGCGGAAAGAUGUUCUUUCACCCCUUCCACAUCAACCCCAUAACGAAGUACAGGCUCAUUUUAGAGUCGGGACCACGUGGUUCUUUUUCGUACCGCAACGUGCCCGUCUCGGACGCCGGCUGGGUGAUAGAGGUGACUGACACCGUCCAUGUUGCCGGGACUGGGUUUUCUGGAACGCUUGACCGAACUAAAACACUUUUCUAUGGGGAAUACAUGGUCCAGACACACCUAGAGAACCCAAGGGGUGCAACACUAUUAUUCCCGUACAGACACGUGAUGCCGUCCGUAUUUGUCGACGGGCGCGUGUAUUUGUUUAACAAUAUGUUAGUGCAUACCAAGUUCGGCCAAGGACAGUCUCACGGCAUUAUCAACAUAGACACGACAACAGGCGCGAUGAACGGCAGAGAGACUCUCACUUUUCCCGGUAGAGCCUGA